UUUCUUUAAUCCAGCUCCUUGAAGUGUUAAGCUUUAUAUGAACUUCUGUGCCCUGAGGGCUCCCCAACCUUCGACCUGUGAGCCGCAUUCAAAUGUAUAAAGAGUUGGGGAGCCACACAUGGGGUAAAAGUCCCUGAGGAUGCCAAACGAGGGCUGUGAUUGGCUAUUUGUGAACUAGCAUCCUACAGGAGCCUCUAUUUGGCAGUACAUCUGGUUUUUAAUUGGUCAGGCCUGGAAUGAUGUGCUAUUAAUGAGUUUGGCCUGCUGAAAGCCAUACUCAUCCACUGACUGCUUCUAUAACAAACGUUCUCACUAUGGUGUGGAAGUCCUUGACUAAAUAUGAACUUACAUGUGAUCCCACAACCCCUAUUUAAGGGGUUUGGAAGUAUGAUUCUUAAAUUGCUUCUGGUACAGUCUGCAAAAGCAAGCCUCCCUUAAACAUUAAGGGGGUUACUUAUUAAAUUAAUUUUUAGAGAAGCUGCUUAAAAUCCAAAUCUGAAAAUACUCCAUUUUAAACCUGUGGAGGUCAUGUAGAAGUCAAUGGCAGUUGUCUGAAGAUGUUUGUUGACAUUGUGAACUGCUCUGGUUUUCAUCCGGUAAAUUUGAGUUGUCUGUGUGACAAUUGGAUAAAGUGGAGUUUUUGGAGCGUCAAUUCAAAAAGUCACACAAUUAACACAUUUGUCGCAAUGUUUUUUCGCAUUGACUUUUUCUAAAAAAUAAUCCUUUUCAAGGCAUAGACAUGGGGGUGUGAUGUAGGAUUUUAGGCGUUUAAUGAUCCCCCCCCCCCACCUGCCUGGAGAUGCAUAAAAACCGGUAAGGAUCACAGAUAGAAAAGGUGAUAUGUGUCUACAAAAUACAUAAUAAUCAGCAUCCACAGCAAAUGCAUCACACUACUUCCCUCUGGAUGGCUCUACAGUGGUGCAUAUUAUGCAGACAAUGGAUUUAGCAAUAAUAAAAUAUAUGCUCCUGUGAGCAUCUGCUUUGCACUUUCACUAUUGGAUGCUUAGUGGCUAUAACGGUUUAACUGCAGAAUACAAUUACAUGCUUCAAUCAAAUAAACCUUUUUUUCACAUUGUCUGUUUAGUACAUGGUGCUGGCAGUAUGCUUAUAUACAAGCUAACCUCAUCUCAAGAAACUAUUUUCAGUUUUGCUAGUGAAAGACACAUUGCUAUGCUGCCUGUGUGUUUUGUGGCUGGUAACCUGAGCAUGCAGCUGUGGGCUAAAUAUAGUCUGUAAGGCCAGAAUUGUGCCAGACACAAGCUAAUCUGCCCUUGUUUUAAACCGGAAGAUGUGUGUCUAACAAGGGAUUGCUAUGCACCCUGUUUAAACAUUACUUUAUUGGUGACAUCUAAUUUCUCAUUAUUCUAGCACUGAUUACAUCACAUAUAGGUGCAAUGAAUACUUCUUUGAGCAAUGACUUCCAGACAUUAAAUGAAGAUGGGAAAUUGUAUGCAGCUGAUUCUUUGAAUAACUUGAACAAGCUAAAACUCUGCACUGGUGACAGCCAAGAUAUACUGCAAGUUGAAGGGAAAGGCACAAAUAUGCCGCACCAGGAGUCCCAGACUACAAGAACAAAACGGUCCAUCCUUAUUCUAAUAAUCUUGAUGAUACUAGUUACUGUCAUGCUGUCAUCAUGUGCAUUCUAUUUCUUAGUGCAGAUGAAAUAUCUAUCUGAUGAAAUAACACAAAAGUUGGAAACACAAGGAAGAAUUAUGGAAGAACUUGUGAGAAUCAAGCAGUUACUCAAUAGAAACCAUGCAAGCGUUUGAUGGAACUGGUUUUUGUUUUAAACACCCUACACUGGCGACAGUGGAUCCUUCAGUCAAUCAAUCCAUCAGUAGAAAGUGGUCCCAAUAUUUUACAGUGAUAUAAAUAAAUAAAGUGUUUGAUUUUUUUUUUUUAAAAAAAAAAGACUAAUCAAAAUAUUUUAAAAUUGUGUGCGUGUUUGUUUAACAGCAGAUCUUUAUGCCAUGUGAGAAUAUGAUAGCAUACAAACUUCUUGCCAUGCCCUUUGCCUAGGAAUACUACAGAGGUUCUUAUGUUAGCUUUGUAUGUUUUCAUUGACUUUUAUAAUAAGCUAUAAUUUCUUUUGUUAUUUGCAUAUCUUUCUUUAAAUACCUCUGUAUCUAUUGGCAUACUUCUUCUUUAUUAUUGUUUUGUCUUUCAGAAUUUCAUUCGCUCUAAUUCGGUGUACUAAAAUCUUCUGGUAGCCAGUUUAAUAUUAUGCUAUUUAUGGAAGAUUGCUGCAUGAUUAUUAUUAUUGAUAUGAUUAAAUAGGUUUAUAAAGCAGCAUCAUAUUCUGCAACUAUGUACAACAGAUAGGUGUAUAUAUUAAACAUAAAAAUACUUAAUGCAGGAGGUAAAAUUGACCACGUUCCCAACAGAGUUUGCAUUCAUAAUGCACAUGCAGUAAUGCAGAGCAAUACACAAAACUGUUUUUAGUAGUGAUAACUGAAACAGCUCCUCUGCAUAUACCAACAAGGUCAGUUUACUAGUGAUGGGCGAAUUUGCGCCUCGUUUUUGACGCCGGCGCCCGUUUUUCGAC